AUGCUGUGGGUUCAGAGAAAGAGGAGAAGGAAGGCAACCCUUGAAUUUGCACAAAAUGAGGAUGAGUCACCGGAAUCCCACAAAGCAGAGAAGGAGAGCUGGAUCAAAUCUCACUUUAGCUGCUUUUCCAAAGAGAAGCUGGUCCCCAACAGUGCCAGCACCAGCUGCAACCCUCCCCAGCCCGAGAGUGGGAGGGGAGAGGCCAGCACCACCAUUCAUAUGGAGACCGUCACCACCAGGCACGGAGAAGUGGGCACUGCUCUGCGCCGGGAAUCUUUCACCAGCAGGCAGAAGGCAUCUGGGUCCUCGGUGAUCAAAGAUACCCACAAGGAGUCUGGAAAAUCCUCGUCCUCAGAUGAGGCCACGUGGGCUGCCGUCGCUGCCUGCACCAAGGAGAUCGACACCAAGGGACAGCAACUGGCUAACUCCAUGUUGCAGCGGGCCACGGCUUACCAGCACUCAGGCCACCUGGAGUCCAGGGACAUCAACCAGGAGGAGCUGAAGGCCCUCGAGGAGGUGGAGAUGAAGCUGAAAGGGAGUUUCCUCGCCAAGCGGGAAAACACCAUAGCUGGUGCCAACCACAUACACACUUUCUAUGGCCAUGGUCACCAUGGCCACCAGAGCCACCAGGGUCACCCAGGCCAACCGAGCCAACAGGGUCAUCCAGGCCAACCAAGCCACCAGAGUCACCCAAGCCACCAGAGCCACAGCCUGCCCAAUCGCAGCCACCUAUGA